ACCAGAAUGUUUAUGCAUGUUCACAGUAGUUAUUCUAAGGCUGCGGAAAUGCGCUCGUCCCCGAGAAUUUUCCAGAUCGCAGCCUUCAUAAGUUUCUAUUUGGUCAGCGCAAAUGGCAGCGAAGACCCAGUCUUUAGGACGUUAGAUUCAUCCAUUGCGUCGAAUCCUCGAGGAAUAUUCGUGCGGUCCGCGGACUGUCGAAUCAUAUACCGCCCAUUUUGCGGCAAUCCUCGUCAGCCAACCCAUGAUCCAAAUCGCAUUCUCCGCUUCAUCUCGGCGACUUCCGGGAAAUAUUCACCUUUUAACAAUCCAUUUGUUCUUCAUCUGGAUCAUGCGCAUUCUGGACUUGUCGCCAAAGUUGUCAUCGUUCGUCGAGGAAAGGUGUCCCAUGUGGCUUCAGAAACGGAUCUGUCGCAGCGACAUGUGUUCCUGCAUCUUGACCCCAUCCAUGCGUUUCCUUCGGGCGAGACGCGACGCACAGUGACGUUGCAUCAGCUGCCAGAACCGAACCGUUUCGUCGCGGAAAGAGUAGAACCCGUGUUCUUCGUGGAUAUUGAACACAUCUUGCCUCCAUCGAACUCCAUUGCUCGGUCGCAGUAUCGCAUUGUUUAUAAAGCAACUUUGAGUCUGCCUAACAAAUUCAUUUGUCGAGGUGAAGCCUUUCUUCUCGUCAUCGGCGGCGAGAAAAGAAAUUUCAGGAUGAUUCCUUCAGCGAAAGAGCGAAGCAUAGUUCGCGCCCUUCACAAGGACGAUGAUUUUGGGAAUUUCGUUCCACAAGGAUGGAAGUGGCAUCCCAGCGUCCCCGAAAGAACGGUGGCCUUGUUCUAUUCGAAACAAACCGAGGACGAUACUUUAAUUAACAUGAAGUUUACUUACGAAUCUUGGAGCCAAGACGAAAGGUCCGGAUUGCUCGUGAAGUUUAGUUCCAACAGAGACCGUGUUUAUUGGCUACCCCUGGGAACAAGGCCCGGAGAAGAAAGCUGGAAGUUCAUCAAAUUCGGCAUGAAAACUUUGCUCGGACCGUCGGUUGGCAGCGAGGAGAGUUUUGAUAUUCUCAAACUGAUCCCGAUGCAGCAUGUUUUGGAAACUGGAGCUACGAAAAAUAGAGAUGGAAAACUCUUCGAACAACAAUCACUCCUCUGGACGACAAAAACGAUGGCCACGGUUCAAAUGAUCUCGAUCCUGGACGUGGCAACAACCAACAGUUUGGAACCUGCCGUCUUAGCAAAAUACCUAAUCCCGAAACUCGGUUUCAUGCAAGAUGCAGCAUCAUUAGAUAGUUACGAAAUCCGAUGCGGACCUUUGCCGAUUCGAGAAAGCUUCUGGGAUGACGUAGAGAAGGAUAUUUACGCAAACAAGGUGUCUUUCUGGAAAGUUGAUGGCGAUGAGAGAAAAGCUCACUACGGAGGCAGAAUGGCGGGGCACUGUUCUCGGGAAGAUUGCCAGUUCUUUCUGCAAUUUCGAUCGUCGCCGGACUUCGACGACCUGGUCAGAUUUUGGAACUCCUUCAGCUUUCCGGAAGUCAUGCUGACGCCUGAUGUGAUCCCUAUCAAGACAAAAACAGUAGCAGACGAACAGAGGUUCAGGGAAGGGUGUCAGAAGGAACCUUGCGGCGGCGGGUCCAAUUUCAACGCAGUCUUCAAAGGCACUUAUGCGUCCACCGGCAGAAAAGUCUCAAAUGAUUCCAUCGACGUUUACGACUGGUUUUCCUUACGUGUGGUCGUCGGGAACGAUUGCGCGUUCCUGCUGGAAUCAUUGAUCGAAUCGAUGGAAUCUAACUUCUUGCCAGAUUUUCGGCAAUCCGAGAUGAUCCUGAAAACCCUUACGGAGAAAAAUCAACACAGGCACGUGGCUGACUACGGCAUUCUGUUGAAGAAAUACGUCUCGAAAGUGGUUACAGAAUACCUGCCAAUAGAAAAGAGCAUUGUGGGCGUGGAUGCCAUAUCAUGA